CAAGUUCAAGGUCUCUGUUACUUCUCGGAAAUACCAAUUGUAUUGCGAAAUAACAGCAACAACCAAAGCUUCUGUUUUGUUUCACCAAUAGUUGCUUCCAGCAUUGAAUUUAAUUUAUUGGUUAAAAGUUAAUGAAUAGAUAAAACUAUGGCUGCAUAUCCACCAAACCAACAAUAUGGUCAAUAUCCACCACCACAGGGAGCCGGUAAUAUGCCCUAUCCUCCUGUACAGGGAUUUAGUAAUCAAGGUUUUGGAGCACCAGGAGGUGUACCCCCACCACCCUCAUAUAAUGAAGCUACUGAUAAUAAAUUUCAACCACAGCAAGCACCUCAACAAAAUUUCCAGCCAGGUAUGCCAAUGCCUUUACCAAAGAUGCCAGCUCAAUAUUCUAAUGUUAGUUAUAAUGAUAAUAGUGAUACCAGUGGAACUGCCGAAAACUUUUCUUCCUCAUUCUCAGACAAAGCCAUUCGUAGAGGAUUUAUUAAAAGGGUGUACCUGAUAUUAAUGACACAGUUGGCUGUUACUGUGGCUUUUAUUUGUUUAUUCUUGUUUGUUGAUAGUAUAAAAAAAUGGAUUCAAGGUCCCGGAUUUUGGUUUUAUUACGUUUCUUAUGGAACAUUCCUUGUGACAUAUUUUGUACUGGUUUGCUGCCCAAGUGUAAGGAGAAAGUAUCCUGGAAAUUUUAUAUGUUUGGCAGUGUUUACACUGGCGUUUUCGUACAUGACAGGAACUAUAAGCAGUUUCUACAGUACCAACAUUGUAUUGAUGGCCAUGGGUAUUACAGCACUUGUUUGCUUAGCUAUUUCAAUCUUUGCUAUGCAGACAAAGAUUGACUUCACCCUAUGUUCCGGUUUACUCUUUGUACUUGUUAUGGUGUUAUUUUUGUUCGGAUUUCUGACUAUCAUUUUAAGAUUUGCCUUUGGUUACAACAGGAUUCUGGAUAUUGUGUAUGCAUCCUUGGCAGCUUUGGUCUUUGGUUUGUUUUUAAUCUAUGACACCCAGAUGAUCAUUGGAGGAAGAAAACAUGAACUUUCACCUGAGGAAUACAUCUAUGGAGCACUUCAACUUUAUAUCGACGUCGUUUACAUUUUUCUCAUCAUUCUGUCUUUAUUUGGCAGUAAAAACUGAUCUAACAUUAUACAAUAUCUGAUUAUGAUUUUAGCCUUUAACUUUUAUUGUAAUUCUUGUUUUCUUAACAAAUUACUGAGCCAUCAAAAGAAAAGUAUUGUAUGAAGUCUACCAUCUUGCCAGAAAGAUUUCAAUUAAAAUAGCUUGCUUGUAGUAGUUUCUGAUUGAUCAAUUUCCUUGAAAAUAUUGUUAACAUUAUCAGUAAAUUUAAAAGUAAACAUUGAUUCUACUUGUUUUAAAUGGCCAAUAAAAACGAUAAAGACAGUGGUGCCUCUAUAUAAAUCUAUGGAGUGGUAUUUUGUUUUUGUCAUUACUAAUUACUUGUAUAUGUAUACAUUUCUUUCUGUGAAUAUCAGUAUUUUCAUUUUGAAAUAUUCACUUUAAUAAAUUGAAUUUAUUUAAUUUGUAUACAUUUCUUUCUGUGAAUAAUCAAAAUUUUUAUUUUAUGCUCAUUUUGAUACAUUUAUUUUGUUUAAUUACUUAAUUUUAUGUGUCAAUUAAUAUUCUUUAUUCAAAGUAAAACCAUAAUGACCAUAAUGCAUUAUUAAAGAUACAUUAUGUGUAAGCUAAAUCUGCAUAUUGCAUUUUCUGGCUUCAAAUGUUAUAUAGAUUAUCAUUUAGAGAUUUAUUCACAUGACCAAGCCCAUUAUCAACUCUCUAGACAAUCGGAUGGCUGAGAUAAUCAUUGUAUUAGAUAUAUAUUUCUGUUAAACGUUAAAAUGGAAAAUCCAGAAUUAUCUUAUUUAAGUGGUAUCUUGUCAGAAAUUCAAACAUUCAUAACUUAGCUGAAAAUAAAAUAAUUUCAAUUAAAUUUUCAAUAUAUUUCUUUUUGUUAUCUAUUUUAUCAAGAAAGGCCAGGUCUUUAUCAAAAUAUUACAAAAUGCUUUUUUAUGCACUCAGAAUUUUUUGUCGGGAUUGGGUUUUAUCAACUUGGUUAAGCAAACAGAUCAAUGCAAGCUUUUAAAUUACUGCUGUAAAAUUCCUGUAUUUUUAGGAUCUUUAUCAGUAUUAAAGGGGAAGUCCCAGUUUUCACAGGACAACACAGCACAUUAAAUAAAUUUCAAUAUUAUUUACAGUUGAGUUGCUAUUUUGGUUUUCCUUUCUUAAUUAAAUGAUAAAUAAUGAAAUGUGAGUACGGUACGGUAAAUUUCAAUUUUAUCUUCAGUUGAGUUGCUAAUUUGGGUUUCCUUUCUUAAUUAAAUGAUAAAUAAUGAAAUGUGAGUACAGUACGGUAUAUUUCAAUUUUAACCAAGUUGAGUUGCUAAUUUGGUUUUCCUUUCUUAAUUAAAUGAUAAAUAAUGAAAUGUGAGUACAGUACAUUUUAGCGUUGAUUAGAUAUUUUUUUCGAAAAAUGCAAAUGAUGGUCAUCAGCUUUAAUUAAAGGUUUAUGUGUCUUUCAACCAGAAUAAAUCAGUUUAAUCACUACUAAAAUAUAGAUGAUUCUCAUUGUUUGUAUCUCUUAAUUGUAAAUAAUCAAUUUUAAUCAAAUUGGCACUUGUGUAUUAUAAAGAAAAAAUCAAGAUGUCUUUUCACUGUUAAUGCACUUUUGGUGAAUUAUUUGGGGUAGUAAGUUUAAAUAUAUGAUUUUUUUUUAUUGUACUUUAAAUUUGAUAUACAAUGUGAUUGUACAUAUUGGUAGUGUCAUUUGUGUAAUAUUUGGAUAUGAUUAUAUUUGAUCUGUAAUUUAGUAAAUGAUAUUGUAUAUUUAUGUAAUUAUGAAUGAUAGAUGGGAGUAAUUUAUGUAUAGUAUUAUGUAUAUGAAGUAUUUUAUUGGCAUCAUUACUUUCCUCCAGAUGACACUCUCUUAAAGGAGCUAAACCCUACAUCUACAUUAGAUUGGGUUAUUCUGAUGCAUUAUGUUAUUUAGUGAUUUGAUUAGAUUUAUACAGUUAUCUGUUGUGCAAGUUGAUUUGCUUACUAAUUGUGAUUUUGUUUUUAGAUUUUUAUUGUCAAUUGUGGAACACACUAACUCUUAUGACUCAAUAUUGUCAGUUGUUGAACACAAUAACACUAAUGACUCAACCUUGUCAGUUGUUGAACACAAUAACAGUUUUGACUCAACUUUUUCAAUUGUGAAAUAAAAUAACACUUAUGACUCAAUAUUGUCAAUUGUUGACCACAAUAAUGGUUAUGACUCAACAUUGUCAAUUGUUGAACACAAUAACACUUAUGACUCAAUAUUGUCAAUUGUUGAACACAAUAAUGGUUAUGAGUGACUCAACAUUGUCAAUUGUUGAACACAAUAAUGCUUAUGACUCAAUAUUGUCUUUGGACCGGAAAUUUUAAAUACAUGUACAUGUAUAAGCACCUAUUUAAUUCCCUAAAUAAAUCAUCACUUUAAAUUUAAUUUGACAUUUGUAUUUUUAACCAAUGUCCGUAGAUAGCUUAGUGACAUUGAUAUGUAACAAACACUGAUUCUUGGUGUAAGUGAUAUCCACUGAUAAAAGAGUGUGUAUAGUCGUUCAGAUGGUAUGGAAAAUCAUAGUAAUUUGAAAAAGUAAACAGAAAUUCUCUCCCCUUGCUUGGCACACUAAAGCGUAGAAAUUUCAAAAUGAUCAUCUUUGUGUCAAGUAUUGUGUCGAUGAGUCAUUCAACCUCAUUCCAUUCUGUAAAUCAAAAACAAAUUUGAUUAACAGUCACAGUAUACAACAUGAUUUGCUCUGUCGACAGUUUAAUAAAAAAAAUAAGAUUGGUUUUAUUUAUUUUUUUUCAUUUUGCUUUAGUUGGUCUACACUACAUGAAAUUAAGACAGCUUCAAAAAGAAACUGAAGUAUGGCUGAUGUUAAUUAAUCCAAUACUUUGACAAUGUAAAGAGAGAAAUUGCUUAAAAUUUGUACUUAUUAAGAUUAAAGCUUUGUAAGCAGUAAACUCGGCUGUAUGGUUUAUCUUGGAAAUAGUGUGUAUCAUAUCAUAUUGUGUCUUAUUUGAGUUUUACUAUAAUUAUCAGGUGGCCUCAGAACCUCAUUUUGACUAGCUACACUAGCGUCUCCCCCACUAUGAAUUUUGUUCUGAGGGGCCCCGACAAUAUAGCAUAUGUUAAUUUUAAUAUUACUAUAACCCCAUCAAUGGAUACUUACAGGUUCCAGGAAUGAUACUGGUACCAAUUAAUUAGCAUAUUAAUAUUUCACAUUUUCAAAGAUUUAUUUUUACCUUGUGCAUUAUAGAUUGUUUUAUAUGUUGUCAAGUUUUGUAAUAUCAUAGCUUAAAUAUCAUUCUGUAAAAAAUAUAGUCAGUUUAAAUUUCAAGUUAUAUUUUUAUACUCUCUUCUUCCAAUUUCUAAGGUGGUCAAUUCUCAUUUUAACACAUUUAUCUGCAAAUUAAAUGUUUUUUGCAGAGUGGUGAACACAAUAAUCCUAAUAAUAGAACAGUUAAUGGAACUAUUAGUACAAAGGAUCAAAAUUUGGGUGGGUGGGGGAGUAGGGCUUACGUGAAUUUUGGAUUGUCCAAAUUGAACCAUUUAAUUAAUUAAAAUGAGAAACAAAAAAAAACUUAAAAUGUUUUAUUAAAAAAAAAAAACAGGUACAUGAAAUGGGACACAUUUUUUAUAUUAAUCAACUCUAUGCUACCUUACAACA